UGACUAUACCUGAAAUAUCAAUAGUAAAUACUACUCCUCAAGUUCUAGAGGUAAUUUCAACGUCAACGUUAUUACCAACAAACGAGGAACAGCUGAAUACUUCACAGUCAUUCAAUUUGACGAUGAAUACGACUCAAGAAAUCGGUUAUUCGUCAACAUCAACACCACUUGAUGAUUACUUUAAAGUUUCAUUGUCAGUAAAUUCAUCUGAUGAUAUAACAGAAGGAACUACCAUUAGUACGACUACAAAUUCUGAAAGCUUUUCAAAAACGUCGGAUCAUACUAUUGCAACGAUUACAGAGAAUACUAAUUUCAAUAGUGAAACUAAUUUAAAACCUAUCGAUAAUUCAACAUCUAACGUUGAUACAAAUAAACAGGAUGAACAUACUGAAAAUUUAAUGAAUAAAUUAGAAUCUCUCGAAAGCAACAAAAAAGAUGAAUCUCCCGUUGUAGAAGAACAGACGAAUACAUUGAUCGAAACUGAAAUGACUAAAAUAAAUGAUAUUUCUAUUGUACAAUCUACAGUAGCAAACAAUGCAAAAGAUUCAUUGUCAACAUCUACUUAUACAACGGAAACUAAUUUCGUUCGAAUUAAUGAUUCAUCUAUUGAUCCUUCUACCUUAUCCAGCGUUAUUUCUGAAUUGUCUACAAUUACAGAGACUACCUUUAUCAAUGAUUUAGCAAACAAUGUUUCUACCGAAUCGAAUGCCUAUGUUUCGAAUACAACAAUUGAAUCUGUAUUGAAAAAUACAAUGAAUGAUACUAAAGAAACAUUAAUAACAAAUACAACAAUGAUACCUGUUCUAUCUGUCAAUGAAACAAACUUAAUUAACAAUCACAUUGAAGACAUUAUCAAAGAUUUGUCUUCACCUUUUACGAGUCAACAUACGAUAACAACACCAUCGGUUGUAUCUAACGAAUUCGUUACGGUAAUUAAUUCGACAAAUAGCAGCAGUGAUAUGAGUACAAUUGCACAAAUUAAGAAUACAACUGUGAGUUCACAGAUGGAAACGUUGUAUACAACGCCAAUUAACGGUAUAAUUACAGAUAACGUACAAACUACAGAAAAUUAUUUAAACAGUGAAACAUCUUUAAAUCCAAAUAUCGAUAUAAUAAAUAAGGAACCUCCGUUCAUACGACAUCAGAACGAUGUAAUCGAAUCGUUAAAUUCAAUUACAACUUUAGAACCUUUAGAACCUUUAGAACAAGAAACUGCAACUGAAAAGACGAUUACGAAUGUCACCGUAGAAACGCGUACCACCGUGUUAUCUCCAAACACGGAACGCAUAACAGUUCAAGAAUAUGUUCCCACUUUGAUUCCUGAUGAAUUAUCUAGCACAGAAACAACUAUUUUGAAAUUGCAAAAUAAUACGUUGAUAAAUCAUACCAACAUUGAAUUGGAAUCAUCGUUAAAAACAAACGAAUCCCGUUAUUCCGAUUCUAAGGAAGAAAUGUCUACAUUGAAACCUACAACUUCUUAUGUUAAAUUAAACAUUACUUUUACGGAUAAAUUAUCUUCUAGCAACGUAUCUAUUGAAGAUGUUAUUACAACGAGGAUUAUGGAAAAAACGACGGAAUUAUUUGUCGAAUCAACGACCAGUAGUAUUACAAAAGAACCAUUAAAGGAUUUACUUACCCAUGCAAACAAAACAAUUGAAGAAUCAGUGAACAACGAUACGACAAUAAAUCAAUCAAAUAUUUUGGUGGAUCGAGUAACAGCUAAUGAUAGUACAAAUAUCAAAAGUAAUCAAACAAACGGAACAUCUUUAGAAAUGAUCGAUGAUAAAACAAAUAAUGAUUCCAUUUCUGUAACUCCAAGUGUUAUCGAAAAAGUGUCAUUGACAAAAUUAAUGACACCGUUCGUGUCUACGGUCACGGAAAACCCGUUAGAAUUGAAAUUAACUACGAAAUUGAAUUACAAUGAGAAAAUAAAUGAAAGUUAUUCGGGAGAUAAGACCACAACCGAAAAAUGGAUGUUAAUACCUCAUAAAGUGGUCACAUCAUCGACUGAAAAAACAAAUAUUUAUCCAACAAAUUUAAAAAACGUGCCGCAGAAUAUCACGUCGGAUGGUCGUUUACCUGGUGUAACAUCAGAUAUUAAGACGAAUGAAAGAAUACCGUUAGAUUCGCCAGCAAGCGUAAACGCAUUGGAUGUAACCGUGACGAAAACUGAAAACGAUAUCGUUAAUUUCGCCAAAAUGUGUAACAAUUUAGCAUUUGAUUUUUGGAUAGCUGCUAAUAAGGGCCUAAGUACAAAUAGAUCCUUGGUUUUAUCGCCUUUCGGUAUGGUCAGUUUAUUGGCGAUGAUCUUUUUAGGAGCACGAGGAACAACUUCCGAUCAGAUGAACGAAUUACUGAAGUUAGACGACGUAGCAACAUUUAAUCCCCAUUUGGUAUUUCAAAAUGUAACAGAUAUGGUGGGACUGACGAGAGGUCAAGGAAUCACUAAUACUGCCUUCGUUCGUGAACUUUUCGUAGAUAGAGCAAAAGUCAGAAAAACAUUGCCAUUUUACAAAGAACAAGCCCAACAAUUUUACGAAGGUUUAGUUGCCGAAGUGAACUUUGCCACAAUUGGUGAUAUCGUUCGAAGACGAACGAAUCUAUUGGUUAGAAAACAAACGGGUGGUAGGAUUAAAGACUUCAUUAAAGUGAACACGGUACCACUACGAUCUCCUUUGGCUGCUGUUUCAGCUAAUGUUUUUCAAACUAAUUGCAACUCUAGUUUCGUCAGUUCCGACGGAAGGGACGGGGAAUUAUAUUUUGCCGUUUCACCGGCUAUCAGACAGAGAAAAUUAAUACCUGUACCAGCUAUAGUCUGGCGAUCAAAUAUUUUAGCAGGAUACGAACCUAGUUUGGACGCCACUGCGGUUGCUCUUGGUAAAGUUGAAAAUCUCGUUACAACGGUGUUUUUAUUACCAGGACAACAAGGUCAUAUAGCUCCGGGUGAUACUUUGGAUCGUCUUGAACGAAGACUCAUAACGAGUACUUCUCGUGACAAUAAUUGGAACAGGCUUCUUAAAGUACUACUUCCUAGAAAUAGUCUAGAACUUCAGAUACCUAAAUUUACGCAUAGAUCGGUCGUCAAUGCGACAGCAGCUCUUAGAAGAAUGGGAUUUGAUAGACUCUUCACUGAACAAGCCGAUUUAAAGGGUAUCAAUGGAAUUGGAAAUCAUUUACAUCUUUCUGAUAUUUUACAGAUUAAUUUGUUCGGCACGUGUGGCGAUGAGAAUCCAACAAAUGGAAGACAUCAUAUGGAAACAUAUCCAGCAACCCCAAUAAAAAGAUCUCGCAAGCAUGAAGAAAUUUCUCUUGAUGAUGUGGAUAAGUUUUUCUUAGAUAAGAGUAGUCCGACUAAGAUCUUCGAUGUCUUAGAAAUAAGUGAUUCGGCAUUUGGAGAAGCGAUACGAAUAAACGAUGAAAUAAUCGAUAAAAGAAGAAAACGACAUGCAGAUAAUGGUAAAGUGACAAUGAGAUCAGAAAGAUCACGAUUAAAACUCGACAGACCUUUCUUAUAUUUCGUACGUCAUAAUCCAACCGGUUUGAUACUUCACAUGGGAAGAUUUAAUCCAAGACUUUUGCCUUAGCUUGUUUAUAAUAUCAUUCAUGAAAAAAAUACGACAUUUAACUUGAUCGAACACCAUCGUUAUGUAAUAACAUUAUCGUAUAUGUUGGUUUUCGAUCGACAAGUCGAACAUUUGAUAUUAUUAAUUCGUUAAGAUAUUGCAAAGAUGUGCUUAACACUUCAGAAGCAUCGUCUCCCGGUACCACAAUCGUUACUACCGUCAUGGAAGAAACUCACACGCCCAUUGCGCAUGCGCCAAGAGCGAAAUUUAAAUUCUACGAAAAUAAUUUUAGGUUAUAUAUCAAGUACACUACAAUACAAUAUCAAA